AUGCCAUCUACGGAGAGAAUGCUCUCAGAAUUGGAUAUCAAGAUACUUUCCAUCAUCGGUCAUAAUACCAUACGGAACAUCGUAUGUCUCACAGUAGAGGCGGUCCUUUAUACCAUCUAUUCCACCCUCGUCAUGCUCUGUGGCCGGAUAUACAUAAAACGCCAACGCUGGAAUGUCAUAUCCACAGUCCUCUUCGCAGUCAUCCUGACGAUGUUUCUGCUGGAUACUGCCUUGUGUAUCAUCGACAUGAACGAUGCCAUUCGAGAAAUCUCCUCCACGUUGCUCUCGACCGCGCCGAAUACGCUAGCCGAACGCCUUGACGAUCUUACUCAACUGUGGCCCGUCGAGAACGUCAUAUAUUCAUUCUUGAUGAAUCUGGGAGACGUUGUCAUCUGCUGGCGCACAUAUGCCUUCUAUCGGCAUUCGCGAGAGCGAUGGUUACUUCUGAUCCCGUUCACAUUCCUCGCGGGAUCCUUUGCCAUAUCAUCUCUCAUUGCAUUCUGCGUAUCGAGAGGAGACCCUGAGGGUGAAGAAUCUGUCGACAUACCCUUCUGUGGCCAUACACAGAUGGCGUCUUACACUAUGACGCUGGCCACUACGGUCGUGAUCACCGCCAUGAUUGGAUGGAAAACGUGGAUGUAUCGGCGCACCAUCGGGGCGGCAAUCCGAUCUGGAAAUGCAAAGACACGCAUAGAAAGAGUUCUGGAGAUUUUAACCGAGUCGGGUCUCUUAUACUUGGCAUUUUGCUUGGCUACUGUGAUCAACCAUACGAGCGUCGUAGCCCCUCUCGAAGAUGCCACGCCGCGACUAGCAUUCGGAAGCGCGAUCUGGGCGUACAUGACUAGUCACAUCAUCUGCAUGUACCCUGCCUUGGUUAUAAUCAUGGUAGACAAGCAAUCCUACAUCGAUAGCGCCACGACGCGCUCGAGAUCGAAAGUGUCGCCUUCACAAGCGUCUGGCCAGCGCACAGUUGAUUCGACUCGAAGCCAGUUGCCACAUUGGGAUAUUAACAGUCUGGGCUCCCUCCACAAAGACGGCCAUACCUAUGCGAAAUAUGGCAACGUCGCCGUCAUCGGGGGCCACGAGUUGCGGGAGAUGCACGGAGAGAGGACUGCCGUUGUUUGA